GCAUAGAUGUCAAAUCUUUUCGCAUCGCGUUUCCAUUUUGAGCAUCAUCGGGCUUAGGCAGGCUUGAGAUAGCGUCGAAAUUUUACGAAUUUGUGGUGAGGAUUCGUGUUCUUGUGUUCCGUAAAGUUAUUGACCGUACAGCAGGAUGCCUCCGGAAACGGUUGCGCAGGGUAUCGAGCUGACCGAUCACACCUGCAGGUUGUGUUUAGCGAACGAUCAGGAAAUCAGUCCUAUGGUGGACGCGCUCAGCCAGGAAGAGUUGAAGAAUGUCGUGGAGGGCUUACUAAAGAUCGAUCUCAACGGCUGUGGUCCAUUCCAAAAUGCCUGCUCGAAUUGUGUGGUGAAGGUUCGAUUGAUUGAAAACAUUAGGAAUGAGUUCGACGGUAGCAAUAAGAUAUUUGAUGUUAUGUGGACGCAAUAUAAGCGAAUCCACUACCCAGAGCCGAUUCUGCCGGCCAAGAAAGGAAGACCGAAAAUUGAAAAGAAAAGUCCUCAGGCACAGAAGAUUACGGCCGCGUACAUUAUAGAUGGCAUGGUUAUUGAGAACACCGAAAUAGAGUACGUCCAGGAUGAGGGGGCCGAUUUCUACAUAAAGAGUGAAGGCCACGAUAGUAUCAUCAAGCAGGAAGGAGAGGACGAUUCAAUUAGCGAUGGUGUUCAGGCUGAAGACGACCACCAAACCAUGGAUGAAACGGUCGAGGAAGAGUAUGUCUACGAAGACGUACCGAUGGUGGAUGACAAUCGAAUGCACGAGGAAUAUUUGACAGAUGAACCAAGAGAUGAAUCUAGAAAGGAGAAUAGUGCGGAUGAAAAGGAUGAAUCCUUUAAGGGAACUUUCAUUCAAGAAGAUGCAGGUUAUUACGAUAAGACUAUUCCAUGCUGCUACAUUUGCCUGGAUCGAUUUGAUUGUCCUUCUGAAGUCGUGAUGCAUUUGAAUGAAAUCCAUGCCGACAUGCUUCCUUUCCAUUGUGACAAAUGUUUGGGCUAUUUCGAUACCUUGGAGGAUGUUAACAAACAUUACAUUUCCCAUGUGUAUGAGUUUGUUUGCCUGUACUGUCCAAGACGUUAUUGUUCCGAACAAUAUUUGGCAAAUCACAAUUUGGUUUGCAAGGAUUUUAGCUGUAGUUUGUGUGACGCAACGUUUGAGUUGUCAAGCCACUUGAAGAUCCAUCAACGCCAAGCUCAUGCUGUUGGGCUUAGACAAUCCGGUAGAAAAAAGAAUAUUUGCGACACGUGUGGCAAGGCUUUCAUGCAUGCUUGCAAUUUAUCUCGUCACCUAAAAAAUAAACGAUGCGGAAGAAACAGUAAGCAACAGGUGAUUGUAAAAAAGAGGAAGUUCAAGCCUGAUCCAGAUGCAGUGAUCGAAGAUGAAGUUGAUGAUGAUAGGGAAUUGAAGAUUCGCCCUCCGCUGACCUGUCAGGUGUGUAGCAAGAAACUCGAUAGCAACAGCAGUUUGGCUCGGCAUAUUGAAAAGGAGCACCAAGAUUUCAACAUCCCGCUCUUCUCGUGUAACAUUUGCCCGAAGAAAUUUACUACUUUCGAAAAAUGCAUUCGUCAUCGCGCCUUUCAUAAGAAAUCCAAGAAAUCUCCGAUGCCGAUCAACAAAAAAGAUCCAUCGGAAAAUACAUGCAAGAUUUGCAACAAACAGUUCCGCCUUGAUCACAUGCUACUUAAGCACCUGUCCGAGAUUCACCAGCUUACACUGGAACUGUUCCGUUGCGAUCAGUGUGGCAAAAAGUUCUCCACCGAACCGAAACUACGCAAGCACCAAUAUAACACUCAUCGAGAGAACAAAAACCUUUACGUCUGCUCCCAUUGUGGGCAAAAGUUUGAAAAGAAACUGACACUGAAGGAUCACGAAACCAAACACUUGAACGCACCGGCCUAUCAGUGCGAUAUUUGUCUGAAAACGUUUAUUCACAAGCACAGUCUAGACCGUCACGCAUUGGUGCAUUCGGAUGAGAAGAACUUUGAGUGCGAAUUCUGUCACAAAACGUUCAAGCGAAACACAACGCUGGUCAUUCACAGACGUAUUCACACCGGAGAGAAGCCAUACGAAUGUGUUCCGUGCGGUCAACGGUUCAUUGAUUCCAGCACGCUGAUCAAGCACAGGCAGCGAAUGCAUCCGAAAGCUGAAUAAAGUAGCAGCAGUAAGUCACCAUUAAUACACAAUAUUGGUCUAUUUGGUAAUAACAUUUUAGUUUUCGAAUGUAGACAUACUUACAAUAAAAUGGUUAUUUUGAA